AUGUCGGCCAAAGGACUGGCUCCCAUCAUAAGCCUGCUCUCCUCUGAUGAUGAAGUGGAGCUCCCAGCUCCUCGAAAACAAGACUCCAAUUCGAUAUUAAAGGAAAACGUCGAACCAAGGAGAAGCUCCUCAAAGGAGCUGUCCAAAAGUAAAGCUUCAAAGUCGGCAUCGAUUACGUCUAAGAAUGUUGCACCAGUUACUAAAAAGCUCAACCCAUCGAAACCCUCUUCAUCUUCAUCAUUAUCAUUAUCCUCCAAUGUUCAGAAGCCGGUGAAGAAAGCUGCAGACCCGAUUACUAUCAGUUCCUCGCCUUCAGCUUCACCACCCCUACUGCCCCAGUAUGCUACCUACACAUCGUAUCCCAGUAUAUUCGGAGGGUUACCGUCAGAUCCAAUACUUUCCCAGUCGUCGCCAGUUACACGAACCUCCAAACCGAUAGACAACCCCCAAGAACCCAUUGUCAAAUCAAAAUCAAAGACUGUGUUCGAGGAGCUACUCGGAAGCAGUAGUGACGAUGGCAUCAGCGACGGUGACCGAGUGUCACCCAAGCGGAUCCCUGGGGUUGAUACAAAGGGAAAAGGAAACCCCACCAGUCCUGUGCUUAGCAAGGACGCUCUGGAACGACUUCGAAACCUAUACUCUGGGAACGAAACGGGUACGAAAAGGCGGAAGGUCGAUAGGGUAGAUCUUCAGAUAUCAUCUUCCCUAUCGCCUGAACCACUACCUGUAUCUACUGGCCCAGGUCGAAAGCCCAAGCUGACGGACGCUGAAAAGGCCGCUCGAACAGCAGAAAGAGAUGCUGCUCGUACUGCUAAGGCUGCCGAAAGGGAGGCACAGAAGGAGCAGAAGAAAGUUGAACGAGAAGCAAAGAUUCUCCAGCGCAGUGAGAGUCAGGCAAUGUCUUCAGCCAAUAAACUCAGGGGCUCACAUGUCCAGACAACGGGUGAGAUGAUCGUCAAUAUAUCAUCCGAUUUCUAUACAUCGCCUGCAGGAAUACAACUGCGGGCUAUUCUUACAGAGAUAAAGGUCGAAUCUCAUACACCAUUCGACUCACCAGUUCCAAACGUUAUCAAAUGGCGAAGGGUAGUAACUGCGGAAUGGAACCCGGAUGAAGACAUCUUUGUCCCAGUCCCGCGAAAGAUUCAAAACGAAAAUCAUGUUUUGACUGUGAUCCAAGCCAACGAUUUUGUCGCUCUUACAAAUGCCCCCGAAGAACUUGAUAUAUUCAUCAUGAAAAUAAAAACGGCAUAUCCCACUUGCAAACUGAUUGUUUUGAUUGAGGGCCUUACGAAACUUAUCAACAAAAGUAAGGGUAAUCAAUCUCGAGCCUAUGCUGCACAAGUUAGGAAUCGCAUGCGAGAAGACGGUGGAAGGGAAACCGUAAGGGUAGAUAAAGCGGCACAGGCUGUAGAUGAGGAUAAUGUUGAGGAUGCGCUGCUAAAGCUACAAGUUGUGCAUGGGUGUUUACUGUGUCAUACACAGGAUGGGACAUAUACCGCCGAAUCCAUUGGGUAUUAUACUCAACAUAUAUCGCAGAUUCCAUACAAACAUGCAAAGUCCGUUCUCAACAACUCUGCAAGUUUCUGCAUGGAUGUCGGACAAGUUCCGUCCGGGAAGAAUGUAGAGGAUACAUACAAUAAGAUGUUGCAGACUGUGCACAUGAGUACUGCGGGUGUAGCAUCAGCGAUUCAGAGCGAGUACCCUAGUGUUCAGAAGCUUUAUAGAGCGUUCAUGGAUAACGGGGAGGACGUGCUCAAGGAUAUUCGGGUUGCGAGAACAGGAAGCGGGAAGGCUUUGGGUCCGGCGAUGUCGAGAAAGAUCGCAAGGGUUCUAACGGGAACAAAUGAAUGGGAAUUGGAAUCUUGA